CGAGUACCUGAUGUACGGCGUCGCAUUCGUGCUCGCCUUCAUCGGACUCAAGCUGCUCGGCAGCUUCGCCGGCGUCGAGGUGCCCACCGAGGUGUCGCUCGCGGUGGUCGUGGCCUCCAUCGGCGCCGGCGUGGGCGCGUCGCUCCUCCUGCCGCCGCCGGACGACGACAGCGGCGGCGGGAGUAGCGGCGAGUGACCCCACGACGGGCGUGGGUUCUGGGUAGCGUGAGGCGGGGCAGACCCCAGCUGACAAUGUACCUGUCGCUUCCGCGCUCUCCACCGCGCCGCCGCGGCCGGGCUGUACUCCGCGCGCUGGGCGCGUACUUGCGCGCAUCCCUUAUGUGUGUGUGCGCCUCUCGCUCGGACAUGUUUGAAAAUUCGAUUCUCGCG